AUGGUGCUCACUCUGUGUGCAGCUGGGCGGCGGAUCCUCAUUUCUCUGAUGCUGCUGCUCUAUUUAGGCUUGAGUGCAGCCUCCUCCAUAGUGAACAUGCGUAGGAUCACCCAUCCUACAGUACAACAAACGCUGGCAGGCAAAGCCAUCCUCCCGUGUGUCUUCACCCUCCAGACCAGCUCCUCCAGCCAGCCUCCCCACCUCCUCUGGACUCAUAUCAGGCUACCAGCAGCAGGACAGGCCACUCCUCUGGAGCAGAUUGUUCUUUCUGCUAAAGGUGAUGUAAUCAAGGUGAAUAAGGCUUUCAGUGGCCGCGUCAUGCUGCCAGGAUACACUGCCAAUCCUCUGAAUGCUACCAUGGAGAUCUCCAGUCUCCGCACCAACGACUCAGGCACUUACCACUGUCAGGUUGUCAUGGGUAACGACUAUGAGAGAGACACUGUGCCCCUGGUGGUCUCCGGUGUGGUGUUUCACUACCAGGCUCCCAGCGCCCGCUACGCCCUCUCAUUUUCAGACGCCCAGCGGGCCUGCCAGGAAAUCUCAGCUCGGGUGGCCACGCCGGCCCAGCUGUGGGCAGCGUACUAUGACGGCUUUGCCAGCUGUGCAGCCGGCUGGUUGGAUGAUCAGACUGUCCGCUAUUCAGUCCAGUUGCCAGAGCUUGGUUGCUAUGGACACAAGGAGUACUCCGCUGGAGUGAGGAAUUAUGGAAAGAGGGACCCGAAAGAGUUGUUUGAUGUGUACUGUUUUGCAAAAGAACUGGAUGGUGAGGUGUUUCACUCCUCAGUCCCAGGCAGGCUGUCUCUGUCCUCAGCCUCAGACCGCUGUGUGUCCCUCGGAGGGCAGCUGGCCACAGUGGGGCAGCUUUAUCUGGCCUGGAGGGCUGGCCUGGACAGCUGUGCCCCAGGCUGGUUGUCUGAUGGCAGCGUCCGCUACCCAGUGACGUGGCCCCGCCAGGACUGUGGAGGGAGCCAGCCAGGAGUCCGCACCAUCACACCCAACAGCACUACUGACAACACAACAGCUCUAUAUGAUGCAUACUGCUACAGAGGUAAAGGGAAGGAUUCGGGCUCCAUCUCUCAGAUCUACACCUCUCUGUGGAAGCCUUGGAGCUACCUCACAGGCUCGGGCGGCGCUGGUUCCGAAGGGACAGACAACCCUGACUUGAAUACACAGCAAACCACCACGACCAGAGGAUCCUCAGAUGACAGCAAGGUUUCACCUUCAAACUGGACAGGGCUGGUCGACAUAGAAGAGGAGACCUCCUGUAAGGCUGAUUUCAAGUCAUCCUCAGACCCCUGGUCCUCAGAGACUUCAGGGUCAUUUGUGACCAUCCAGCUAAACCCAGGACAGAGCUUCUUAGACUGGGGAGAACCACUGGAGCCUGGCCCAGACUCAGAGGAGUUUCUCCGACCGCCAGUCUACCCGACUCCUGCCGAGAAAAAGGUGAUAUCAAAGAUUGUCAAGUCCAUUUGGAAGCCUUGGAACUACCUGGUGGGGACUGGAGACGAGGAAGGUACCCAAGCACCAACUGGACCAGCAGGUGAAGAGGAGACAACCACGAAAAAGACAGAUGACGAGUCAAAUUCAGCCAGGACGUCAUCACCAGGUUUGUUUUCUUGGGGAAGUUCACAGUUCAGCGGUCCCACGAGGGAAAACUCUACACCAGCCAGUGAAGAAUCACCCACUCGUCCGGCAUCCUCUUCUGCCGCCUCCAGUAACUCUAUGACUACAGAGAGCACCAAGAGCUGGGAGGUUUCAGAGACGCACACGUCCACCGCCUCCAGCUCCGCACCUGAAAUCACCUCGUCCGGCGGGGAAACCUCGGUCCGCGUUGAAACAGAGACCACGACCCAGCCGGGUGACAAGAGGGAGGAGACGGCGACCUCUAGAGCCGCUGGCAGGGGAGGCAGAGGACGGGGGAAGAAGAACAGAGGAGAGGACAGGAGCAGAGGAGAAGACAAGGGGAGAGGAGAGGAUAAGGGGAAAGGAGAAGACGAGGGGAGUGGAGAAAUCACUGGAGCGGAAGCAAAAGGGGAGAUACAAGUUUCACGUCGACCUGUUGGGACAAGUAAACCAAGAGAAAGAUCCAGAGAAAGAUCUAGAGAGAGGGGCCACAGGAAAGGACAGUCCACCACUACCACGGCUACCACCACCACCACCGCCAGUCCACCACUGCCUGAGCUCACAGUGAUGACCACAACUGGAUUGGAAAGCUCUGAUUUAUCUACGUCUCAAUCCCCGUCCACCUCACCAGUACAAACCCCAUCGCCAUCAAUCUCGCCAGAUCAAUACCUCCCGUCAUCUCCAUCGCCAUCUCCGUCCGUCACUGUGUCCACACUACCAUCUCCAUCCUUUUCUCAACCAUCUCAAUCCCAGUUUGAAUCCCAGUCUCCCUCCCCAUCCCCGUCUCUUCCAUCUUCCUCCUCCCCAGCUCCAGUCACUUCCUCCCCUAUGCCCAGUUCCCAAACCCCACCCCUCUCACCCUCACCGUCAUCAGCACCUUCCCAUCCUCCAUCUCAAACAGCUCGAUCGGGAGACCCAGCUCCAUCUCCUCAGUCAGACAAGCAGGACAGCUCCACGAAUCCUCUGACUUCACUUAACUGGGCCCCAGUGGAGAAACCAGUUCUGAACAGCUCUCUGGAUUAUCCACCAUUACUGUCGGGGCCCCCAGAUGAGGAAGAGCCUGCUUGGUCUCACGCUGUAGGUUCGGGGGCCUUGUUACCUGGCAACAUGGAGGAGGAGAGCAACAGAGGAGGGGCCAACAUCAGUACCAUCACUCUCAGCCCGCCAGUCGAGGUGGAGCCCUGCGUGACAAACCCAUGUCUGCACGGAGGAAAGUGCCUUCCUCAGGGAACGGGCUACAGCUGCUACUGCCCACAAGGAUACGCUGGGGAGAACUGUGAGAUUGACGUAGAUGACUGCCAGUCAGAGCCAUGUGAAAAUGGAGGCACUUGCAUCGACAAGAUUGAUUCAUUCCUCUGCCUUUGCCUGCCCAGCUAUGGAGGAGACACAUGCGAGAAGGACGUAGAAGGUUGCGAGCAUGGUUGGAGGAAAUUCCACGGCCACUGCUAUAGGUACUUCACCCACAGACACACCUGGGAGGACGCAGAGAAAGACUGCAGAGAGCACAGUGCCCACCUCAGCAGCAUCAUCUCCACUACUGAGCAGGAGUUUAUCAAUGGCCUGGGUCACGACAAUGCCUGGAUCGGACUGAAUGAUCGCACAGUGGAGGAGGACUUUCAGUGGACUGACGCCAAUGAUCUGGUAUAUGAGAACUGGAGGGAGAGCCAGCCGGAUAACUUCUUUGCAGGUGGAGAGGACUGCGUGGUGACCAUUGCCCAUGAGGAUGGCAAGUGGAACGACGUGCCCUGCAACUACAACCUGCCCUACAUCUGCAAGAAAGGCACAGUGUUGUGUGGGACCCCGCCUGCAGUGGAGAACGCCCAUUUGAUAGGUCGGCGGAGGUCACACUAUGACAUCCACGCAGUGGUCCGCUACCAGUGCUCCGAAGGCUUCUUCCAGCGUCACAUCCCCACCGCCCGCUGCCGGGCCGACGGGAACUGGGAGAGGCCCAGGAUCAUCUGCACGAAGUCCCGGCGAUCACACCGGUACCGACGCCACCACCACAACCAGCACCACGAACGCCGCAGCCACAGGAGACACGGAGGCGAGGGUCACAAGGCCAGAGAGGACGCACACAGCUACUACUGA